AUGGAUCCUAAUCAUUUUCAUUAUCAACAAGCUAUGUUCAAUUUUAUGCAAAAUUAUCAAAAUCCUAAUUCUCAAAAUUCUCAAAUUCCAUCCGUACCACCAAACCCCGCCAUAUUUUUUCCGUCACCAAACAAUUCAAAUAUGUAUCAAAAUCCUAAUCCUCAAAAUUCUCAAGUUCCACCAUUUUCUACUCAAGUUGGUGUUGAAAUAGAAGAAAGGGUUCUCGUUAAAAAAAAAUCUCGAGAGCAAUUUACAAGGGAUGAAGAUAUAUGUCUUAUCCAAUCAUGGCUCAAUGUUUCAAAGGAUCCAAUUGUGGGGGUUGAUCAAAAAGCUGAGAGUUUUUGGCAUAGAGUCGCUGCAAAUUAUAACCAGUAUUGUGGGCAAUUGCGAGAAAAGUUAAGUGGUCAAUUAAAAUGUCGAUGGCAUCGAAUAAAUGCGUCGGUUCAAAAAUUUGUUGGGUGUUAUAGACAAGCUGUCAUUGGAAAGAAAAGUGGGACAUCAGAGAACGAUAUCAUGGCUGCUGCACAUGCUUUUUAUGCUCAAGAUCAAGGUAUAACAUUCAAUCUUGAGUAUGCAUGGCGAUUGUUAAAAGAUGAAGCUAAAUGGGGCAUCAUCGGAGAAUCGAUUGGAAAUUCUUCAAAAAUGACACAGACUUCUCCUAGUGGGGCAUCAUCGGAGAUCCCUGAUACACCUUCAAGUUAUGAGUUUAACUCAUCAUCACCAAUGGAGCGUCCAAUGGGACAAAAAGCAGCAAAAAGGAAGGGUAAGGCAAAGGAAAUUUCAAAUGCAACGCAAGAUGCAAGGAAUAAAAGAGCAGAAACAAUGGAAAGACUUGCGCAGAGUAAGGAGGACGAGAUAGAAUUAAAGGUAAUGCAAAUCAUGAUGAAAGACACUUCUACUAUGAACAAAAGUCAACGAGAUAUUCAUGAAAAAUAUUGUAAUAAAAUGAAAAAAAAAUAUGGACUGUAG